AUGGAAGCCACCAAUGCUCGAGGUGUUCUUCCAUGUAUUGACGAACCUGGUCGUAAGGCUAUUUUUAAAAUCAGUGUCGUCCAUGAUCCUUCGUAUGCUGUAUGGUCCAACGGAGAAAUUCAAAGAACCGAAUCGCUUGACGAUAGACGAACUCUUUCACAUUUCACUCCGACAUUAAAAAUGUCCACAUAUCUACUAGCACUCAUCGUAGCACCAAGAUCCGAUUUUGCUUGUCUCCCAGAUCGUAUCAUAAGUUCAAAAAAUAUCAAAUCACGAGUAUGUGGACGUAUUGAUAUUCUGCCACAAUUAACCUAUGCCGAUGAAGUAGCAUACAGAAUAUUGGAAUUUUUCAAUACAUACUUUGACAUUGAUUAUCCCUUGCCAAAGAUUGAACAUUUUGCUGUUCCGGAUUUUUCUGGAGAAGCCAUGGAAAACUAUGGUUUAUUGAUCUAUGAUGAAUUAGGUUUGGUUUUCGAUGAGAAAACAGUAUCGAGUUCAAGACAACAAUACAUAACAGAAUUGAUAGCCCAUGAAAUAGCUCAUCAAUGGUUUGGAGAUUUAGUUACACCUGCUUGGUGGAGUGAACUGUGGCUGAAAGAAGGUAUUGCUAGUUAUAUGGAAACACUAGCAUCCAGCUUUGUUCAACCUUCGUGGAGGCUAGAGGAGCAAUUUUUUAUAGAAAAAAUCUUCCAAUUUAUAAAGCCCGAUUCAUUGCCAACAUCACGACCGAUUAGUAUCGAAGCAACUAAUCUGACCGACAUCUCUCAAUUGUAUGAUUUAAUUACUUAUUACAAGGGUGCGACACUCGCCCGUAUGAUGUCAAUGUUUUUGGGAGAUAAAACUCUUCAACAAGGUAUUCAAAUGUAUUUGAAAGGAUUGAGUUAUAGUUCGGCAAUUCAAGAGGAUCUAUGGAAGUACUUAGAUCAAGCUGCAAAUCAUACAAUCGACAUUGAACGGAUCAUGACUGGAUGGACACGACAAUCAGGCUUUCCAUUUGUAGAAGUUAAUCGAAAUUAUAGUAGGACUGAACAACCAAUGGUAGGCGGUCAUAUGGUGAUUAGUCAACAGCCUUUCAGUCUUUUAUCAACGACGACCAAAUCAGAAAAAUGGUGGAUUCCAUUCAAAUAUUUUGAUCGAACUUUCAAUCAGUCAUCGAAUGCAAGUGAAAUUAUAUGGCUUAAUGAUACAUCAAAGACGCUGACAAUUACCGCAUCGGAUUCAGACUGGAUUUUGGCCAAUCCGGACUAUCUAGGUAUCUAUCGCACGAAGUAUGAUCCUCAAAAUUUCUAUCUAAUUAUGGCCCAACUUGAGAUGGAUCAUACAUGCAUUCCAACAAUUACUCGAGGUGCUCUUAUCGAUGAUGUCUUUGCUCUGUCGCGAGCAUCCUUAAUUAAUGCAUCUGAUCCAUACACAUUGAUUCGAUAUCUAAAGAACGAAACUGAUUUUGUUCCAUGGACGGUAGCACUUUCAGCAAUGAAUCAACAAGAAGUAUUACUUGCCGAACAAGAUAUUAUUCUUGAUCUACAAAACUACUUUCUUGAAUUGAUUCUUCCAAUCUACAACAAAAUAGGAUGGACUCCUGUCAAUCAAUUGACCGAUUGGCUUCAAGCUCUAUUGCAACCAAGUAUCCUAUCGACUGUCUGUCGUUAUCGCUAUCAAGAAUGUAUUGAAGCAGCACAAAGCAUUUAUCGUAAAUGGAAAUUGAAUCCUACUCUUAAUCAAAUCCCGGCUAAUCUUCGUUCGCCUGUCUAUUGUACAAUUAUUAGAGUAGGUUCACGAUCUGAUUUUAACUUUUUAUGGACUCGUCUUCAAAACGAAUCGAUUGCUAAUGAAGUAAUGAAUCUACUCGAAGGACUCGCUUGCACAGAAGAUCCACCAUUAAUUGUUUAUUUUCUUGAACAACAUUUGAAGAAUGAUUCAAUCAUUCGCGAUCAAUAUGUGAUACAAUCCAUUACAAAUAUUGCUCGUUCACCGCGAGCUAAUCAAGUUGUAUGGAACUGGAUUCGCGACAACUGGUCGAAACUUUUGUCAAAACGGGGAGCAUCACUCGGACGUUUAAGCAGAAUUAUUGAAGCCGUAUCGAGUCAAUUUAUUACUGUUCGAAAACGAGAUGAAUUAAAAGCGUUUGCUAGUUCGAUCACUAAUGAAGGUAAACAUUUCAUUUUAUAG